AGUAGCAAACAAACUCAAAAACGGGUUAGGCAAAAAUAUUUUCUAAUUUCUACUUCUCUGUGAACAAAACAUCGAAUUAGGGUUUCGAAAAUUGUCCAACGGUGAUCGGAAAAUUCCCAAAUCAACCUCCGUCAUCUGCCAUAUUACUGAUUCCUCAGCUCAUCACCGCCGUCCACUACUCCGAUUUAGUGGUGUCCGGGCCAGCUUGAGUGCACCUUAACUAUUCCACCAGGUUUGGAUGCAUUGGCUGCUUUCCUCAGUUCCUUCACAUGUCAACUCCCAAUAAGCUAAGUUGGGACUUUAGCUGUUUAAAAGUGGAGAUUCCAUAAAUUGCUAUUUCAUGGAGGAUGAAAUUUUUUUUGUUGGCCAAGAGUUUCCUGACGUCAAGGCCUUGCGCAGUGCAAUUAAAGAGGCUGCUAUUGCACAACAUUUUGAGCUUCGCAUAGUAAAAAGUGACCUGAUUCGCUACAGUGCAAAAUGUGCCUCAGAUGGUUGUCCGUGGCGUAUUCGUGCAGUUAAGCUUCCCAAUGCCCCUACCUUUACUAUAAGAAGCCUUGAGGGAACACAUACCUGCGGAAAAAAUGUACAAAAUGGACAUCAGGCUUCUGUUGAUUGGAUAGUGAACUUCAUAGAGGAGCGUUUGCGUGACAACAUAAAUUACAAGCCAAAAGACAUUUUGCAUGAUAUUUAUAAGCAGUAUGGGAUAACUAUACCAUACAAACAAGCAUGGAGGGCAAAGGAACGAGGGCUGCAAGCUAUAUAUGGCUCUUCUGAAGAGGGAUACUGUCUAUUACCUACAUAUUGUGAACAAAUCAAGACGACAAAUCCUGGAAGUUAUGCUGAGGUUUUUACAGCUGGUUCAGAGAGUCGGUUUCAGAGGUUCUUCAUUUCCUUUCAUGCUUCUCUUCAUGGGUUCGUGAAGGGUUGCUUGCCUGUUAUUUGUCUUGGUGGUGUCCAGCUUAAGAGCAAAUACUUAGGUACUUUAUUAUCCGCCACUUCUUUUGAUGCUGAUGGUGGAGUAUUUCCGCUUGCCUUUGGUGUUGUCGAUGAAGAAAAUGAUGAUAGCUGGAUGUGGUACUUGUUAGAGUUGCGCAAGGCAUUAGAGAUGAGCACUGAGAAGAUAUCACCUCUUACAUUUCUGUCUGAUGGACAAAAAAGUAUUGCAGAUGCUGUGAAGAGGACGUUUUCCUCUUCUUGUCAUGCAAUUUGUGUGCAGUAUCUGAGUGAAAGCAUCAGUAAAGAGUUCAAGAAUUCAAAGCUUGUUCAACUCCUCUGGAAAGCCGCAUAUUCUACGUCCACCACGGGGUUUAAAGAGAAAAUGGCUGAAAUUGAGGAGGUUUCUUCAGAUGCAGCGAUGUGGCUUCAACAGUAUCCUCCUUCGUGCUGGGCUUUAAUACAUUUAGACGGAACAAGAUAUGGUCAUUUCUCUUCGAACAUUAAUGAGUUCAAUAAAUGGAUUCUUGAAGCGCGGGAGCUUCCUAUUAUUCAGGUGAUUAAACGGAUUCACAGUAAGUUAAUGGAAGAGUUCGAGCAGCGGCGGUCAAGGAGUAGUACAUGGAGUUCAACCCUUGCUCCAUCUGCUGAGAAGCGCAUUAUGGAAGCAAGAACUCUUGCUGCUAAAUAUAAAGUGUUAAGGUCAGAUGAAGUUGAAUUUGAAGUUCUCUCAGCAGAGCGGUCAGACAUUGUGAAUAUAGGAUCCCGAACUUGUUCUUGCCGUGAUUGGCAGUUGUAUGGGAUGCCGUGUUCUCAUGCUGUUGCCGCUCUUGUAUCAUGUAAAAAGGAUGUGUAUGACUUCACAGAGAAAUAUUUCACUGCAGCUAGCUACCGCGAGAGUUAUAGUAAAGAGGUACACCCCAUCUCUGAUAAACUUGAAUGGUCGAGAGCCCGAUUAGUGCGGCCACCCAAGUGUCGUCGACCACCUGGACGACCUGAAAAGAAGCGGUUAUGCGUGGAAGAUCAUAACCGUGAAAAGCAUACUGUCCGUUGUGGUAAGUGCAAUCAAACUGGACAUUACAAGACAACCUGCAAAGCGGAGGCUGUUUAGAGUACACAGCAUUCUAGAUGUGUAGCCCCCCCGGACCAGUUUGGCGCACAGCUUGAAACUCGAUGGAUAAUGGACCUGUCCCUCUAUCUUUCUUCACUUAGGUAUCGCCCGUUCCCGAAGUUUUUCAAUAUUUUAUUUUUGGUUCCUUCUUUCUUUGAGGUAGAAUUAGUAAAUAUUGUAGAAAGGUAUAAGAUAAGAGGUCUCAACUAGCUUUAUGUAUGUCCAGGCAUUCUAGGCCAUUCAGAUACUGUAAAAUAGGGUUGCUUGUUGUGCCCAAACCUCAAUGUAACUUUUAACUGCAAAAGUUAAAUUACCUAAACUGGGUGCGUGUAAGUAUUUACCCUAGUGAUGGUUGUGAGGUAAUGUUCUCUGUGAUUUAUUUGGUUUCUGAUAUCGAAAGAAAAUGCUUUGUUAUCCUUU